CUCGAGUUUUCAAAUAAGAAAGAUAAUUUAUUUGAUCAGAAGAUAAAAUGGGUCGUACUUGCAAGGAAUUAUGGAAGAACUUUCACUUUAUUUUAAAAAUGAUUGUUUUUGUGAGCAUUAAAUAACCUCUAAUCAAUAUUUUUUCUUUAAUUCAUUAAUAAUAAUUAUUUUAUAUUCACUUAGAACACUUUAUUGGGCAUACAUUUCUUUUUUUUCGAUGUUUAUGCAACAUGUCAUCAACUUUAUGCAUUUGGAAUUGGUUAUUUUUAUACAACAUUGAUAAAUAUGAUUAUCAUAUUAUAUGCUUACAUAUGGUUCAGUACUACCUUUAUUUGGGAAUGCUGUAUGAUUAUAGUCACAGUGCUGAUGUUAACAAUUAGCACAUUUUCAUUGAUUUAUGAUUAUUAUGACGAUGAUGGAGCAAGUGACAUUUAUAUUGACAAACAUACUCAACACGAAGGCAGAUCUUUCGCCAUAUCUCUUGGACUAGCAACUAUCUCUAUAGUGAUUCUCAUAAUCGACUUAGUAUUGUUGAUAAUAAAAACUGGUAAAGGAGGAGCAGGAAAUGGUCGAUUACAUCGUGGUGGAGGCGCAACGCACGCUAGAACUGCUGAAAUUGCCGAAUAAAUAUAUUUUUAAUAUAACAAAUUUAUACAAUUAUAAAAUAUGGAUGAAUGAUUAAUAAAAAUUUGAACAUUCUUAAUGCUCAUCGUUUUCUAUUUCAAAAUCGUAUAUUGAAUAACUGAAUUUAGUUAUCAAUUAUUAAUAGCCAUUUAAUAUUUAUUUAAUCAAUUAAUGUUAUGCGUGAUAAACUUCACGAUGACUGGAAUUCAUUUGAUAAAUGAAUGAGUUUGUAAAACGUCUUUUAAAAGAUUAUAGUCUUUUAUUUAAGAUAAUUCAUUUGGUACGUAGAUCGUUUAAUAGAAUUUUCUUUUACAGGUAAUAAACUAAAAAAUAAGAUUUAGGUUUUAGUAUGCGUUUGUAUGAAUAUCUUAUCGAAAUGUCAAGAACAUUCGAUACCAAUGUGGUUAUGGAUCAUCUAUUCAAUAAAUUCCAUGACUUAUGCUAUUAUCUUACUUGUUUUAAGUUUGGCACAUAUUUUUCAGAAGAAGAAAAACGUCAUGGUAUUAUUGAAAUAUUUAUAUUUUAUUUGUUAUUUUUAAUAAUAAUAUCAACAUUUUUAUGGCUUUUUUUUUUUAUAGGAAUUCACCUAUUUUCUAAUCGGUAUUACUUUAUAUUGGAUAGCAAGUAUAUCAGCUAUCAUUAGAUAUUAUACGAUAAUACAGAGUAAUAAUAAAAAUCAAUGUGAUGAGAAAACAAUUGGAAUCAUUUUAAUAAUAUGCUCCUUCCUAAUGAUGUUCGAUGUUUGUAUGAAAAUUUUUAUGGAUAACAGGCAAGUGUAUCUGAUAGCAGAAUUACGACCACAAGAAAUAGAAUUGUCAGAGCGUUGAUAAGAAUGAUCCGACG